ACGAGCAAUUAAGAUCUGUUGUAAAUAGUGUUGUUUACGUUUCCAGGCUCGCGCCUACGUGUUGUCCUUUAUCAUGCUUUGACAAUUCGUGUUCGUUUCGCGUCAACGGAGCCGUCUGUCGUGAGAGAACGACCGAUAGGUAAAAUAAGAAAAAAAAAGAAACGGUAAACAAUCGGUGGAAAGUAUUAGUUGUCCAUGGAAGAAGACGUCCGUUGGAUUUUACGAGACAGGACAUACACGGAUCGGUUCAUCGAGAAUUUCCUUAGAGAAAAGGUGACGUUUCCAGGAAAUAGUGCGUAAUUACGACGGUCGCCGUUUGGGGGAAGGAGGGCGACGGAAGCAAAAAAGAAAGGCGAUGUAUCUUAGUGUAGUGAUUAUAAUAUUGUGAUCGACAGACUGUGAUAUAAAUAAGCUGUACAUAUUUCUAAUUUACGUCGCUUCGGGGGAAGCAACAAUUGAGGUUCAACAUGACGAACGCCGUAGCAGAGAAAAAAGGCGACGUUCAGAACUCGGAGAAGUCAUCGUUGGUGGACUCGACGGCACUACCAAAAAUUCAAUCGCCUAAUCAAUCGAAUGAAAAGUUUGACCUAGCAUCGAACAGUGCACCCACCGACCCUGAGACUGGCCAAAAUGUCAACGGAAGCGUCGUUAGACAAGUUCUCGCUGCGGUAGUGGCACAACUUGGAACUAUCAACACAGGCAUGACAUUUGGUUUCUCCGCCAUUGCUCUUCCACAGCUUCAAGAACCAAAUAGUACAAUUCCCAUCGCCGAAGGAUCUGUCGAGGAAUCAUGGAUCGCCAGUAUGUCCUCUAUCGGAACGCCAAUCGGAUGUCUAGCGUCCGGAUACAUGAUGGACGUCCUAGGCAGAAAGAGGUCCCUCAUCAUCACGGAGAUACCAGCGUUGCUUGGAUGGAUCCUAAUCGCAUUUGCCACAGAUAUUCGCAUGAUAUAUGCCGGAAGAUUUUUCGUGGGCCUCGGUUCAGGGAUGGUUGGGGCACCAGCGCGCGUUUACACAGGAGAAGUGACCCAACCGCAUCUCAGGGGAAUGUUGACUGCAUUCGCUAGUAUCGGAGUCAGCACGGGCGUUCUGAUCGAGUACGCGUUGGGAAGUGUACUCACGUGGAACGUUUGUGCGGCCAUCAGCGGCAUUCUACCGCUGGCUGCUCUGUUGUUAAUGUUCUUCUUCCCCGAGACGCCGUCAUACCUUCUGUCGCGCAGCAGACCGGAAAAGGCGCGCAAAGCGUUGCAACAGUUUCGCGGCAGCACUUACAACGUCAACCAAGAGAUGGAAACCCUCAUUGACUUCUCCAAUAAGAACAAUAUAAAGCGUCUGACGGGAUUCCGGGAGAUAGUUAGCGCCCUUUUGAAACCGAACGCGCUGAAACCGUUCAUGUUGUUGCUUUUGUAUUUCUUAAUAUACCAAUGGUCGGGCACGAACGUUAUAACAUUCUACGCCGUGGAGAUCUUUAAAGAUUCGGGGUCGACGUUAAACAAGUACUUAGCUGCUGUGAUUCUAGGGGUGGUAAGGUUGGGAUCUACUAUCGUGGCGUGUAUUUUGUGCAGAAGGUGCGGAAGAAGACCGCUCACUAUGGUAUCGUCCGUUGGUUGUGGACUUUCCAUGGUGGGAUUGGGCGGAUACAUGUGGCUAAAAAGUUACUGGACCGCAAACAAUCUUCCGCUGGUCGCCACUUGGUUCCCAAUUCUAUGUAUUUUCGCGUACACCAUAACUUGCACUCUAGGUUUCCUCGUUAUACCUUGGAUAAUGAUAGGAGAAGUGUAUCCGGUGCAAGUACGUGGUAUUAUCGGCGGUUUGACCACAAUGACGGCCCAUUUGUUCAUUUUCACCGUUGUCAAAACGUAUCCUUUCAUGGCCAGCGCACUUACACGGCACGGUACUUUUAUCACGUAUGGUUGCAUAUCGUUGUUUGGCACGAUAUACUUUUACACGUGCCUUCCUGAAACCAAAGGUAAAACUCUUCAGGAAAUAGAAGAUUAUUUCUCUGGAAGGAACAGUGACUUAAGAACUGGCAGUAUAGGCAUUAAUAAACCAAAGGUGUUAGAAGUGAAGAAGGGUCAAAUGUUGCCCUGAGUCACGACGUCAAGAUUUUUUUUUUUUUUAUAUAAACUAGAUUGCAGAAUUUGUCUUCCAUGCGAACAGAAACAAAAUUUUUUCAUUCGACGCCGUUUUUAUUAAUUAAUCGGAUUUAUAUAUAUUUUUAUUGUAAGAAAGCAGCGAAUGAUACGACCAAGAGAUUUAAAUAAUCGAUUAAAGUAGACGACAUUAAGACGUUAUCAAUACUCUUGACUUUUUCUCGUUUGCUAGAUAAGUUUAAUUUGCAAAUAUAUUUAUUGAUUAAAAGACUAUAUAAUUUAAAUCGUGCGCGUUUCACGGUGAACAGAGGAGGUAUAUUUUUAUAGAAACAAUAUAUUGCAAGCCAUUAAAAAAGUAUCGAACAUACUCGCGGAUAAAUUGUUCAGGAAUUGCAUAAUAGACAAUUGUGCCUUAAUUGUUUGUUGAUGUGCACACUAGGAAACGAGGGGUGCUAUUUAUUCAUAGUAUUACAUUUGUACAUAUGUGAUCGAAAGGCAUAAUUAACAAAUAAUUGUAUAAAUGAUAUGUUUAAAAAUAUCGUACGACAUUAUACGCGAAUUAUCGCGACAUAAAAUGUUUUAUAAGUUUAAAUUAAACUAUUUUAAUACAUUCAUUACGUUAUUUUCUGUUGAUAUGGUUCCCCUAUAUUUAAUACAUUAACCUAUAUGGUUUUUUAAAUUGGAACUGGUACACCGUGAUCAUUAGUUUCAUUAUUUCGUGCUCUAUCACUGUAAUGAUUUCAUUAAAAAUCGUAUGGAAAUUAUUGAAAUGUUAAUAGAAUAUUGUUGUGUAAUUCAAUUGGAGUUUGUAUGAGCGCCAUAUUUUGAAAACUACUCCAUACAAGGGAAAAUCUAGCUAUAUUUUUUCAGAUGUGAGGUUUUGCAAAUGAAUAGUUUGAAUCAUAGCGUAUAAUUUUGUCCAGCAGUAUUAUUAAAUAAAGUAGAAUACUUCUGCACAGGUUAUGACUAUAGUCAGGUAGAAAUAGGUUAUAGUUAAUGGAUCUGUAUUUAGAAACCUUAUUAAGGUCAUAUUGGGCUAUAUUUUAUUACAUGUGGGGUUGUGCAAAUGAAUAGUUUUAAUCACAAACAAUAAUUUUCUUCAGGAGUAUCACUAAAUAAAGUAGAAUACUUCUGUACAAGUUAUGAUUAUAAUCAAAUAAAAAUAGGUUAUAGUUGAUGGGUCUGUAUUUGGAAACAUAAUCAAGGUUUCUACGACAACAAGUUUUAUUCUUCGAAUGCUUUUAUCAAGCAUGAUUACAAAACCAAGCAACAAGAAUCUCGUCCUUACAUCGUGUAGCCUUAGAACGACGGAUAUCAAUAAUUCAUAGGUACAUAUUUAACAAAUGAUAUACAUAGUUACUUGUAUCUAACGGUGGUAAUCGAUAUUCGAUAAUUUUUUCCAUUACUAUUACUCUCAGCUCGUUAUUUUCCUCGUUUUAAUAGCGCUAAUGCUAUACAGUACAUUCGUUUGCUAUAAUUAUCGUUAUUAAGUAAUCCUGUCGUCAUCCUUAUUCAUCCUUAGCCUACGUUGCUAAUAUUUCUCAAUUACAGAAUCGUUUUUAAGCUACUUUUUUAAUUACGUUUCGAACUGUGUCAAGUGGUCGGAGAUCGGGACGCGGGUGUCAAUUUAAUUGAACUCGAAUAGUUUGAAUCGCGAUUAAAUGAUACGAAAACGAAUCCCCCACGACCCUGGAAACACCACGGACCUCCAUUUUCUUUGUCUCUUCCCAUAGGUCGCCUUCCAGAGUCGCGAAUUUCUUUCAUUAAACGCGAUAUUUCUUUCAGCGAGGAAUAGAUUUUUUGCGAUUACUGAUUGUUUGGUUGGUUUCGAAUUUAUUGUCAUAAGUGCGAUUCAAGCUUGUAGCAUGUUCAUUUGGCACAGUACGGUACAAAGCAAGAGAAACAAUGUGUUUUAGGACUUUCCAAACCUUAAAUCAUUUUUAACUUCAAAGUUAUUACACCGAAAAUUUCAGAUUCCUAGAUUGGACCAACGACGCCAUUUUGAAAAUAUCUCUUUUCGCGUAUCUGUUGAAAUCGUUCUCAAAUUGUAAAUGUACUCGAGUGGUCCAAUGUAGGAAAUUUUGUAAUUUUUCUUUUUGCUCGAACGAGGUUGGUACUUUUAACGAGCUUAUCUAUUAUUAUUCAAAUCAGGAACUCCCACAGUCUUUUGGAGAAAUUUUCCCGCCUUUUCUCUUCUUCCAAUAUUUGCUUUCCAGCCGGGAAAAUUAAAUAUUAAAAGCUAGACAACGAUUUUCGGAAACGAGGAGCUCCUAAUUCAAAUUCGAUUAUUCGAAGAAUUCCUUCGAGACUUUGCAAACACCCGCAUAACGAUCGUCUUCGACGUACAGGGCACUCGUUUCAAUAGUCUGACGUUAGAAUAUUUUUUAUUUUCACCCUCUGUAUUUUCUCGAAUUGUUAAAAUACACUCGUUUGCUUUUGCUUUUCGCUAUAAUAAUUUUCAGAAUUAAUUGUGUGUUUCUUCUUUUUUUAAAUACAAAGGAAAAUCAACCUCUUUUAAAUAAAGAAUUUACAAACAACAGAAAAAUAAAAAAAAAGGUACCAUAAAAUAACAAAUUUGUUCAACUCGAGAAAAAAUAUUCUAGCAAAUAUUGAUUAUGAAAAUAAAGAAACAUAAAUAUUUUUGUUUGUAAUAAAUAAGUACACGGUGAAAAGCAAAGUUUAGAUGAUCCAGGGUUGAAAUGAAAAUUAUUGUAACGUAAGAACAUUAAAACCAACGGCUGUAAAUUUUCUCAAAUAUCGAUCGACACAACUUCUCUCCGAAAGUUUCUUUCAAUCUUGUAUAAACUUCGAGGAACGAUUCGGAUUUACGUCGAAUUUUUUCUUUAGCCAAACAUGUUUUCUACCUCGAAAAAACAAUUGCCGAAGCUCCGGUCGAGGGCUUCU